CUCUCUCUCUAGAUCUUCCCCAAUUUCUCAAAAUUUUUUUUCUCAGAUCUUCCAAAUAAUUAAUACCCUAAUACCCAAAAUUCGUUGUGAUUUUCCCCCAAUCAUCACUGGCCGGCCCGAAAUUGCCAAUCAAAUUGAAGUACCUGGGCUGGAAUUGUCCGAAAUUUCCGAGAUUUUUGAUCGAAGAUUGUUGUUAGGGUUUGAUAAAGCAAAUUCAAGCUGGAGCAGUUGAAGACUAUCGGGCGGGAGCUCGCAAUGGGCUCCCAAGGAGGAUUCGGGCAAUCGAAGGAGUUUCUUGACCUAAUUAAAUCGAUUGGAGAAGCUCGAUCCAAGGCAGAAGAGGAUAGGAUCGUUCUUCAUGAAAUUGAGACGCUGAAACGGAGAAUUACGGAGCCGGACAUUCCGAAGAGGAAGAUGAAGGAGUAUAUUAUAAGGCUUGUUUAUGUUGAGAUGCUUGGGCACGAUGCUUCUUUUGGGUAUAUUCAUGCGGUGAAGAUGACUCAUGAUGAUAAUAUUCAUCUGAAGAGGACUGGGUAUUUGGCGGUGACGCUGUUUCUAAAUGAGGAUCAUGAUUUGAUUAUUUUGAUUGUGAAUACUAUACAGAAGGACUUGAAAUCGGAUAACUAUUUGGUGGUUUGUGCGGCUUUGAAUGUGGUUUGUAAGUUGAUUAAUGAGGAGACUAUUCCAGCUGUGCUGCCGCAGGUUGUGGAGUUGUUGGGGCAUCAGAAAGAAGCUGUCAGGAAGAAGGCUGUUAUGGCAUUACACCGUUUUUAUCAGCGCGCUCCCUCUUCUGUCAAUCAUCUCAUAUCUAAUUUCAGAAAGAGGCUAUGUGAUAAUGAUCCUGGAGUUAUGGGUGCAACUCUUUGCCCUCUCUAUGAUCUAAUAACAAUUGAUGUUAAUGCCUACAAGGAUUUAGUGGCCAGUUUUGCGAGUAUUCUUAAACAAGUAGCUGAACGUCGACUGCCAAAAAGUUAUGAUUACCAUCAGAUGCCAGCUCCUUUUAUUCAGAUCAAACUAUUGAAGAUACUAGCUUUACUGGGUAGUGGUGACAAGAAGGCCAGUGAGCAAAUGUAUACUAUCGUAGGUGACAUAAUGAGAAAGUGUGAUUCAACAAGUAAUAUAGGAAAUGCUGUUCUUUAUGAGUGCAUAUGCUGUAUUUCUUCCAUACAUCCAAACCCCAAACUUCUAGAAUCUGCAGCUGAUGCUAUUGCCAAGUUUUUGAAGAGUGAUAGUCACAACCUGAAAUAUCUGGGCAUUGAUGCUCUUGGUAGAUUGAUAAAGUUAAGUCCAGAAAUUGCUGAACAACACCAACUUGCUGUCAUCGAUUGUUUAGAGGACCCCGAUGAUACCCUUAAGCGGAAGACGUUUGAGCUGCUAUAUAAAAUGACAAAAUCUUCAAAUGUGGAAGUGAUUGUGGACCGUAUGAUUGAUUACAUGAUAAACAUCAAUGAUAGCCAUAAUAAGACUGAAAUUGCAUCCAGGUGCGUUGAACUUGCUGAGCAAUUUGCACCAAGCAACCAGUGGUUUAUCCAGACAAUGAAUAGAGUCUUUGAACAUGCUGGUGAUCUAGUAAACCCUAAAGUGGCUCAUAAUUUGAUGCGCUUGAUUGCUGAGGGUUUCAGUGAGGAAGAUGAUACUGCAGAUAGUCAGUUGAGAUCCUCCGCAGUAGAAUCAUAUCUGCGCAUUGUUGUGGAGCCAAAGCUUCCUUCAACAUUUCUCCAAGUCAUUUGUUGGGUUUUGGGAGAAUAUGGAACUGCAGAUGGAAAGUAUUCUGCCUCCUAUAUAACUGGUAAAUUAUGUGAUGUGGCUGAGGCAUACUCAACUGAUGAUACCAUCAAGGCAUAUGCAAUAUCCGCAUUGAUGAAAAUAUACUCAUUCGAAAUAGCAGCUGGGAGAAAAGUGGACGUGCUUCCUGAGUGCCAGUCCUUCAUUGAAGAACUACUAGCAUCCCACUCAACGGACCUCCAGCAGCGUGCUUAUGAACUUCAAGCAAUCCUUGGUUUAGAUGCUAAUGUGGCUACCAACAUCAUGCCAAUGGAUGCAAGUUGUGAAGACAUCGAGAUUGAUAGAAGCCUUUCAUUUCUCAACGGUUAUGUUCAGCAGUCAAUAGAAAAGGGGGCCCAGCCUUAUAUUCCUGAAAGUGAACGGUCUGGAAUGACAGAUGUCAGCAGUUUCAGAAGCCAAGAACUGCAUGAGGUCUCAUCACAUGCCCUUAGGUUUGAGGCAUAUGAGCUUCCUAAACCAGUGAUGCCAUCCAGAGUUUCUCCAAUUGAGCAAUCAUCAUCAAAUGAACUUGUACCUGCACCUGAGCCAUCUUAUCAUGCAGAGAUGCACCAGGUUGCUUCGUCUGUGCCAUCUGUAUCUGACACUGGGUCAUUAGAACUAAAGCUAAAACUUGAUGGGGUCCAACGGAAGUGGGGUAGGCCAACUUACUCUUCUGCUGCACCAUCUACUUCAAAUGCUGAUAUCCCUAAGAUUCAAAAUGGAGCUCCUCAGCUUGAUGCGGUUAGUAGUUCAAGCUCAAAAGCUGUGUCUUAUGAUUCAAGGAGGCAGCAAGUAGAAAUAUCUGCUGAAAAGCAAAAACUUGCUGCUUCACUUUUUGGUGGUACAUCAAAGUCCCACAAAAGACAAUCUUCUGGCAGCCAGAAGGUUCCAAAGACUAACAUUCCUGCUGCAGAAAAAUCUCAUGUGGCUAAGAAUGCAACUUCAGACACUGCUGUGUUAGAGAGAACUCCCCAGCCGCCUCCAGACUUGCUUGAUUUGGAUGAAUCCGCUGUUUCUAGUAGUGCACAAUCUGUGGAUCCUUUCAAGCAAUUGGAAGGUCUCCUUGACCUAAACCAAGACACUUCCACUUUGACUACUAGUGAUGCUAGUGCUAGCGGAGCACCAGAUGUUAUGUCUUUAUAUGGGGAAACAACCCUGAAUGUGCAAAGUGGUGGUGUUCCAAACCUACUUCCUGCCGGUAGAGAUGAGGCCAAUCUCCUUUCUGGACUUGCAGGUACACCUGACAGAAAUGGUCAUGGAGAAAAUACGGUUACAAACCCAACUCAGCAAUUAAACAAGGGACCUAAUGCUAAAGAAUCACUGGAGAAGGAUGCGCUGGUCAGGCAACUAGGUGUAACACCAACAGGUCAGAAUCCCAACUUGUUCAGAGAUUUGCUGGGCUAAGUAUCUGGAGGCUGAUGUAUCUGUUAUAGCAUGUAUCAUUGUUCUUCGAGAACAAUUGUUGUAUGAUUACGGCUUUGGAUCUCCAUGCGGUUGGGCUAAUCUACAGGGAUCUCAAAUAACGUGCCGAAUCUGUUGGGCUUCUACACUGGAGUGGGUCAAAGGCCUGUCGGGGAAUAAAACUGGGUAUAGUCGGUGUAUCAACCACAGGAACAGUAGAGCUUUUGUAGAUUAAAUUUGAGAGUUACGAGAGUUGUUGAACCAUUCGUCAGGCUUUUAUUUGUGCAUGUUUUUCAGCUUAAGCUUUCCUGGAACAAAUUGAGGACUAAGAGCAGCAUGCAUUUUUUAUGCUCCACAUGCUUAUUUUGAUGUAUUCAUGACGAUCCUUUUAUGACUCUUUGUGCUUGGAAACCAUUUUUGUGCCAAUUCCAUUGUAUACCCUUUGUAGAGCCAAUUAACUCAUUGUAUCCCCUUUGCAGAGCCAAUUAACUCGGAUUUUUGAUACUGUAUUAGAACUUCUAUGUUAAGUGAAA